ACCAACAGCAUCAGCAGAAACUGGAGCAGAAUCAGGCCAAGGCUCAGGCACAAGCUCAAGCGCAGGCGGCGCUGCUGGAGGCGCAGAUGCAGGCGGAGCUGCAGGCGCAGCUUGUGCAGCAGCAGGCGCUGCUCCUAGCCGAACAGCAGCAACAACAGCAACAGCAGCAGCAACCGCAACAGCAACAGCAGCAGCAACAACAACAGCAACAACAACAGCUGCAGCAACAGCUGCAGUCACAUCCACACUCUGUCGAAUCCGCAUCCAGUGAAUCCUCUCCAGCCGCUCCAGCGCCCGUCUAUGAGAAGGAGUCGGUGCCACGCAACUAUGAGCUAUACGAGACAGCCAGCCAGGCUGCGCCCUCUGGCGGCGAUAUCGAGCGACUCUAUCGCACAAAGUACUACAGCUAUCCAGCACCGCAGCCGCAGCAGCCACAGCAGGUGUAUCGCACGCUGGAGGACGAGGCGGAGGAGAAGGUGCGACUCUCGGCAUCCACUGAAAUCCCCAAGGCUGAGAUCAUGAAGCAAAUUGAAAAGUCCGUCAUCAAGUACAUGAAGGAGCUGGAGGCCGAGGGCAAGAUCAUAACCACACCGCAGGAGCUAGCACCACCGGCCACAAAGACCUACUACAAGCUGCUGUCGCUGCCCAGCUCCAGUGGCUCCAGCUCCUCGGGCAGCUCGAUUGGCAACGAGGAGAAGCGCUACAGCAGCAGCACCGUGCGGCCCAAGUACAGCAGCCCGCCAUCAACGAGCCAGGGUCGUCAGCCGUCGCAGUCCAUGCAGCAGCAGCAGCAGCAGCAUGGUCUAUACCAUGGCCAACACCAUCAGCUGGUCAAGCAAAGCUCACAUGGACUGACCAAGGCGCAGCGCUACCAGUCCGAGACGGAAACGGCCUACCAGGCGCCAGAGAUUGCCGCCGACUCGCUGGCUCCCAACGUGGAGUUCAUCUAUAAGAUCAAGACGCGGGCGCCACUGCAGACGGCCACCGUGAAGACCGUAUCGAAGCCCUAUACCCUGCCGCUGAAGAGCAGCGCGGAGCACUUUGAUCAUGGCGCGGCGCUCAAGAACAUCGAGGAGUUUGAUCUGUCGCAUGUGGUCACAACGCCAGAGCGUGAGCAGGAGGAGCAGCGGGUCACGAGCAAGCCACACAAGCUGUACUUCAACUCGGAGAUCUACCACGACAUCAACUCGUUGCCCUACAAGGGAGAGAAGCUGCGCGGCAGCAGCAGCAGCGGCAGCGGCAGCAGCGCCAGCAGCCUCCACGCCAUUCAGGCUCAAGAGUAUCGGCACAAGCUGAAGGCAGCGGCCGAUCUGCAUGGGGACUACAAGGGCUACUCGGGCUACUUUGCGGAGCCGGGCGCCAGCAGUCUGGAGCUGGGCGAGAAGAGCCGAGAGCCGCCCAGCGGCAUUGGCAGUGAUGGCAGCGAGGAAGGCUAUCCGCUGCCCUACCAGUACGUGCUGAAGAAGGAGCCGCUGUCCUCCAAGUACGAGGAGGAGCGCGAGAGAGAGAGCUGGGAGCAAUCGAUGCGCCUAGCCCAUGGCAAGCCCGCCAGCAGCGGCGGCUACAAGGCCAGCGGCAGCAGCAGCAGCUCGACCAGCCUGGAGUACGACAGCUACAGUCCCAAGUUCAACAACAACCCGGAGGGCUAUGGCUAUCAGCACACAUACAAGACGCAGCUGGUCCGCGGCGCCGGCUCAGCCAGCUCGGGCAGCAGCUCGGCUGGCAAGCGCGGCAAGCGAGGCGGUGCCCCACAUCCUGGAGGCGCUGGCGGUGUGCCCGGCAAGAAACUGUUGCGCAGCAAUGCCGGCUCCUCUGGCCUCGGCGGCACAAUUGGCGUGAACGGCAAGCUGGUCAAGGAUCUGGAGGCCAAUCUGGCGCUGCGACCACCCCCCAAGAAAUAGUCUGUUAUUUAGUAUAUUAUAUGAGCAAUUGUUUUUAAUAC